AUGAUCAUCAUCUCCUUCUUCUUCUUCACCUUUUUUCUUCUUCUCCACCUUCUUUUUCUUCUUCUUCGUCUCCUUCUUCUUCACCUUAAUCAUCUUCUUCAUCAGCAUCAUCAUUAUCUACAUCAUCACGAUCGUCAUCUCCUCCUCCUCCUCCUCCUUCUUCUUCUUCUUUUUCAAUUCCUUCAUCUUCUUCUUUUCCUUAAUCUUCUUCAUUUUCUUUAUCUACAUCAUCGUCAUCAUCAUCUCCUUCUUCACCUUCUUUUUCUUCCUCUUAACCUUCUUUUUCUUCUUCUUCACCUUCUUUUUUUCUUCGUCUCCUUCUUCUUUACCUUAAUCAUCUUCUUAAUCAGCAUCAUCAUUAUCUACAUCAUCACGAUUGUCAUCUACUUCUUCUUCUUCUUUUCCUUAAUCAUCUUUUCAUUUCUUCGUCUACAUCUUCAUCUUCAUCUUCAUGAUCAUCAUGAUCAUCUCCUUCUUCUUCUUAUUCUUCUUCUUCUUCUUCUUCUUCAAUAUCUGCAUCUCCUCCUUUUCCCCUUUUUUGUCUCCUACUACUCUUUAUUCUUGACUCUUUCAAAAUUUCUUUCCUAUACAUUUUCUUUAUAUUCGUCCUUAUUUUAUUCAUUUCUUCUUCACUCUUUCUCUUUCCUAUUUCUUUCUUUUAUUUUCUUCUCUUAUUCUAUUUUCGUCAGUGUCAUUUAUCCGUUUCUAAAUUAUCGUCUAUUCCUUCUCUCUUUAUUUUCCAAAUCUUUCUUUAAUUCUUUUUAUUUUAUUCAAUCAUCUUUCCUUCUUUCUCCUCCCCAACCUUUUUGUUUCUCGCUUUCCCUUCCUCUUUUGUCAUUUUCUUUUUCUUUAUGUUUUCGUUCGCGUGUUACAUUUACUUUCAUUCAUUCGGACAGACUGUUUUUACCUCUUUUACUCUUUCUUCAUUUCCAUUUUUUCUUUUCUUUGAUUUUCUAUCUUCUUCAUUCCCCCUUUUUCUCUUUCUCUUUCUUCUCUAAUUUUCUCUUACUAUUUCUUUAUUUACCCUUUCCUGUCUCUUUGUUUUUUCUUCAUCUUCUCUCUUUCUCUUUUCACCUUUUCCGUAUUACGUUUUUCUUCACCGUCUUUCUACUUCCUUGCUGUGUCCUUCUCUAA